CCCCCAUCACCUCCCCGCUGAUCCCACUAACGGACAGGUUUCAUUUUCCCGUUUAUAAAAACGGAUUUCCGCCUCCGUUAGCACCGCCGCCCCUCAGAUUGGCACCCGUUAAAUGGAAACGUUUCCCGGUUAUCCAUCAGUUUUAAUCCGGUGUUAAUCCGUCAGCCACAUGAGGCGGAGCGGUGAAACAAACCCACAUGUUGGCUGUAAAAGACCCACCGGUAGUCGCUCGGUACCGGGAUUAAACACCUCACAUCAAUCCCGUCAUCCAGAAUAAAGCCGGUAAACGUUACAGCUCUAACAGAUUACAGCUAAAAUAUAAUCUGGACUCAUCUGAAAUAAAAACCCACAGAAAGAAGAAGACUGAUGAUUCUGAGUCAAAGUUCUGACCCAACUGGACCGGCUAAUCUGGGGUUGUGGUUGGGUCUGUUUCACACCUGGCAUGCACUUGUCUCCCGAAGCUGACCCUGGUGACCCAGAUGUUGCAGCUGUGUAGUGACACUGAACCCCGGAGAGUCCCGGUGGGCUUUGCUGAUGCUUUACGACGGUUCUGGAGGAGCUUUAACUCAGAACAAAUUAACUUUACGAUGACCCGAGGACCGUAAGCAGCCGUGUUUGUUCAGGCCGGCUUUACGACCCGGAGAGUUGAGCGUUCCUGUCACCGCUCUAUUGUUUCAGUGCAAAAUCAGUGAGGAAAUCCAGCUCAGUUCAGCUGUUUUCUGUGCAUUUCCCACCUCUCUCUGCAGAGGUUUAGAGUUUAGCUUACCCAGUGGAUUUGCUGUGGAAGUCCAUGGAUGCCACGCUCACUGUAUAGCCACAUCCUCAACAAAAUACCUCCUCCUCCUCCCGCUCAGCGUCCUGCUUUUGAAAUCGAGCCACGCAGCAUCGAUUUCUCUCCUCGCUGCAAAACCAAAACGCAAACGACCAUCUCAUCCUCUCUGGUCUGUCAGUUCUGCUGCUGAAAUGUAAGGAGUGUUGAUUUCCCACCUCCAGUCAGAGCUGAAGGACGUUCAGAACGGUGCCGCAGCGAGGUCGGAGUUCCCAAACGGGCUGAUUCACUCAGAAUCACCCGAAGACUGGCUGGGACCAGUUCCCUGCAUACAUGAAUGUUUUUCCCAACUGCUUUCUGACUCUGAACUUUGAGAUCUUUCUGCUGCUCUCAUACUGACGUUUUACGCCAAAUGGGACUAAACGACAGCAGCCCCGGCACCAUGCGGAACGGCCGUGGCCUAUCGGACCAGUGGGCUGAGUCGGUGGUGGUCCGGCCUCGAACCACUGAGCGACACAUCACGGUGCACAAACGCCUGGUGCUUGGAUUUGCCUUAUCCAUCAUCACGCUCAUAAUCGUUACGGUAGUCGCUGUGGUUCUCAGCCUCCGCUUUGAGGACUGUGGUGGGCGAGAUCGCAAAGGAUCUACAGGCGAGGUGGGUUCCAGAGGCUCCGGAGGGUCGGGAAAACUGAACGGGAACAGAGGGGAGAGGACAGGGGAGAGAGGGGACGAGGAGACCGUCCAGCCGUGGAAGAACUCCAGGCUUCCAGGAUCGAUAAGACCGCGGCAUUACGACCUGAGACUUGCUGUCUACAUGGACAACUUCACGUUCUCAGGUGAAGUUAGCAUCGAACUGGAGUGCAUCAACGCCACCCGAUUCAUCGUGCUGCACACAGAUCGACUUGAGAUCGACCGGGUUUCUGUCACGGCUGAGAGCGGCGCCAGCGGCCGGCCUUCCAACAGGCCAGGAGGCGGAGUCAUGCGCAUCCACCGCCACUUCUCGUACCCCACCAAUCAGAUGUACGUGGUGGUGCUGCACCGAGAGCUGAAACCAAUGAGAGUUUACCGCCUGAACAUCAGCUUCGACGCCGCCAUCGAGGAUGAGCUGCUAGGCUUCUUCAGGAGCUCGUACACCCUGCAGAGAGAGAGAAGGUACCUGGCGGUGACCCAGUUCAGCCCGAUCCACGCCCGCAAGGCCUUCCCCUGCUUCGACGAGCCCGUCUACAAGGCAACGUUCUCCCUGACGCUCCGCCACGACCCACAAUACACCUCUCUGUCCAACAUGCCGGUGGAGAGCAGCGGGCCGGCGGACGAGGACGGCUGGGUGACCAACCGCUUCGGCCGGACGCCGCGCAUGUCCACCUACUACCUGGCCUGGGCCGUCUGCAACUUCACCUACAGGGAGGCGCAGACCGACGGCGGCGUGACGAUCCGCCUCUACGCCCGGCCGGAUGCCAUUUCGAGCGGCGCGGGAGACUACGCUCUCCACAUCACCAAGAGGCUCCUGGGAUUUUAUGAGGAUUACUUCAAAGUCCAGUAUUCACUGCCCAAACUCGACCUGCUGGCGGUGCCCAAGCAUCCGUACGCCGCCAUGGAGAACUGGGGGCUCAGCGUCUUUGUGGAGCAGAAGAUCUUGCUGGACUCUGAGGUGUCGUCGUCGUCCUACAAGAUGGAGCUCACCAUGGUGGUGGUCCACGAGAUCUGUCACCAGUGGUUUGGUGACCUGGUGACUCCCGUCUGGUGGGAAGAUGUGUGGCUGAAAGAAGGCUUUGCCCAUUUCUUCGAGUACGUCGGCACCGACUUCCUCUUCCCGAAGUGGAACAUGGAGAAGCAGCGCUUCCUCACUGAUGUCCUCCAUGAGGUGAUGCUGUUGGACGGUCUGAGCUCCUCCCACCCCAUCUCCCAGGAGGUGGAACAAGCCACCGACAUCGACAGAGUCUUUGACUGGAUCGCUUACAAGAAGGGGGCGGCACUGAUCCGGAUGCUGGCUAGUGUGAUGGGGCAGCCUGUGUUCCAGAGAGGAAUCAAUGAUUAUCUCCUGAGUCACAUGUACAGCAAUGCGGCCAGAGACGAUCUGUGGAGCAAACUUUCUCAGGCGAUGCGUUCAGAUGGGCGGGACAUUGACAUCGGUGACAUGAUGGACAGGUGGACUUUACAGAUGGGAUACCCUGUUGUCACCAUCAGCAAGAACCAAUCAGAGCAGCUGCCGACUCAUUACAUCACCGUCAGCCAGGAGCACUUCCUGUAUGGAGAGGAAGUCAGGAAAAACAUCAGUUUGCAGUGGCAGGUUCCAUUGACCGUCGCCGUGGGAAACGCAUCCUCCGUUUGCUUGGAGAGCCUCAUCUGGAUAAACAACAAGACAGAAACUCACGGGAUUGGUCAGAUGGAUGACAACACCUGGUUACUAGGCAACAUCAAUCAGACGGGCUACUUUCGUGUGAACUACGACCUUCACAACUGGAAGCUGCUCAUUCAGCAGCUGCACUCCCACCCUCAAAUCAUCUCAGUCGGGAACAGAGCAGGACUCAUCGAUGAUGCCUUCAACCUGGCUAGGGCUGGGUACCUCCCACAGGGCGUUCCCUUGCAGCUGAUUGGCUAUCUGCCGGAAGAGACAUCCUUUCUGCCGUGGCACGCUGCCAGCCGAGCCCUCUACCAGCUGGACAAACUGCUGGACCGCACAGACGACUACAGGCUGUUCAGUGAUUACGUGCUGAAGCAGGUCGCCUCUCGAUACCAUCAGAUGGGCUGGCCCACCAACGGCCCUGGAUCGGAGGGCUCCGUCCUGCCGACGUCCUACCAGACUGAAGAAUUACAGCGAGAGCUCAUCAUGUUAGCGUGUAGCUUCGGGAACAAGCAGUGCCACCGUCAGGCUGUUGCCUACAUCUCUGACUGGAUCUCCAGCAACAAGAACAGGAUUCCUCCCAACAUCCGGGACAUCGUCUACUGCACCGGGGUCAGUCUGAUGGACGAAGACGUGUGGGAGUUCAUCUGGAUGAAGUUUCACUCCACCAACGCCGUUUCAGAGAAGAAGAUCCUGCUGGAGGCGCUGACCUGCUCAGACAACACCUUCCUCCUCAACAGGUUACUGAACCUGUCCCUGACGUCGGACCUGGUCCCAGAGCAGGACGUGAUCGACGUGAUCAUCCACGUGGGCAGAAACCCUCAGGGUCGGAGCCUGGCCUGGAAAUACUUCAGAGAGAAGUGGGACAUCCUGAACGCGCGAUACGGAGAAGCUUUGUUCAUGAAUUCCAAACUCAUCAGUGGAGUCACAGAGUUCCUGAACACGGAGCGAGAGCUCAGCGAGUUAAAGGAGUUUACCGAGUCCGGCGGCAUCGGGGCAGGGCCCGCACUGCCGCGAGCGCUGGAGAUCGUUGAAGGCAACGUACGCUGGCACCGCCUCCACCGGCGACAGUUCUACCAGUGGCUACGAAAACCUCCGAGCUCCACCUUUGGCUAACGCGCUACGUACGCACCGGAGUGAAGCGACUGCACACUGACUGCCGCGCUAACGCUCUUCUAGCUAGCGGGUGCAGUCAGAACAAAGAACGUAGCAGGAAAACCUUCCCGUCUGAUUAUUCAGAUGGUUUCUAACCUGGUUUUGUUUUAAAAGAAACUAAAUGUUUUUGCUGCUGAUGGAUUUUUUAUUUCCUCAACAUGAGGCUGUCGUGGUCAAACUGUGCUUUUAAAACAAAGAUCGAUAAAGUUGUGAGCUAACAAGAAUUCAUUCUGUCAUUAAAGCUCAACGUUCUUGUAUUGCCAAAACAACCGACUGCUGUCAGGAUUAACACCCAGAAACAAACGUCAUCGCUGUAUUUGUAAUUUCUAAACAUUUAGUCUGAUGUACGUUUGAUUGUUCUCACCUCACAAACGAUCAAACUAAACCUAAGCCAUAUGGGAUUUUUUUUUAGGAUUGAUUACUUAUUUCUACCAAUGUUUCAGGCUGUUUUGAAAGUUUUGAAGAUGAACAAUUCUGUGCAUACUUGUUCCAUUUGCUUUGGGAAAAGGGGUCAAGUGUCUUUUAUCGAACAAUCCAGUAUUCUUUGGGUUGUAUAAUAAUUACUGUGUCUUGUAUGAGUCGCCUUCAGUGCAGUUGAAGUGCAGACAGAUGUUUGAAGUUCCUGCAUUUGUCUGGACAAAAGAGAGAUGUUGCAGACAGAUACGGUGUUAAAGCUCUCAACAUUUACCAGAACCAAUAAUGAAAAUACGUUUGACUUAAGAUGGCUUUAGUACCGUUCAUUUUCAGAUCCUGCACAAAUUAUUAUGUUUCAUUGGCAAAAACAAAUAAAAGUACUUUAGGUUUUUUGCAUUUCCAGGAGAACAGUUUCAAUCCUGACCAAUCCUCCAUCUCAUAUAGAAACAUUUCAGUCCAAUAAAUUAGAAUUUUUGGGGAACCCAUAAAGUGGGCGGAGUCUGAUCAGGCUACUCCUAGAUUUAGAAAAAUGUCCAUAAUGAAUAAACUAUAAAAUCCUCACGAUGCAACUAAACCUUUGAAACAAACUCAAUGUUUCAAACUUUCCUUCGAUUAUUUUUUCUGUAUUUAUUUUGGCUUUAAAUCAGAAGCAAAUGAAACCAUGUGAGACGUGGAGGCAGUUCCUCCAGUAAUCAGCCACAUGUUGAUCAUUGAACAGUUUAGUAAUUAACACCGUGUGGAUUCUGUUCACAGCACUCAGAAAUCUCAUUAACUCGUCACAACAAUCAAACGGCCUCAGCUUGAAUUUAGAGAGCCACUUCGUUUUGUCGUGAUCAAAAACUCCAGCAGUCCUGAAAAUAUCCAGCUUGUGUUGCUUGAUCAGCGUCCCUCAUAUAAAAGUCGAUUGUAACACGGAUGUUUUGCUCUAAUUCACCCAAAGCGCCACAUGUGGAAAACUAAUUGUUCUUUGAAGAGUGACGAUGUUCUGGUUUGUCUUGUUUUAAUGAGCGGAGCUGGAAAGGCUGUGAAGGGGAACAAAUAAAUGAUCAAAUGUAAAAAAACAAAACAGACUCAAACUCUAGUUUAUUCUGACAGGUUUUAGCUUGAUCCAGGAUUGACCGUGCAAAAAAAUUUACAUUUUCUGCCAGACUCAGUCUGCCAAACUCUCAAGUGACCAAAGGAAGAGAACCAUUCAGAAGCUUAAACGUAAUUAUCUCACUUAACAGAAAAAGCCCAAAUGCAUCAGAUUUAGAAGAGCCUUUAAAACAAAGAGAGCUCACUUUUAUUUUAGCUCAUUAAAGUAGAAAUUGCAGAACAGAUCAAAGGUCAUACUUUGUAUUUCUGUUCAUGUUUCAUAUUAAAAAUCUGCUGAAGGGAUCAGUCAGAGACCGGUAUGUUUGUUAUCCAGGGCUUCUCACUCUGACUCCUGCAGUUUUACCAUCACAUCAUUAAAAUGUAGAAACUUGACUUGGUGGAGAAACACAAAAAUGAGGACAGUUUUAUAUUUGUCAGCCAUUUUCUGAGAAACCUUUCAAUCAAAUAACUUAAAAGCAUCCAUAGUGCUCAUGUUCUUCUUGUGACUGCUGGUGUUUGGAGGAAUGGACAUAUCCAAAUUAUCCAGCAGUAAACUUCCUCCUUCUACAGGAAGCUCCUGAAACCCAUCAGGAAGGAAAUGACUUGGUUUUCUCUCAUCCGGGGUGGAUUUCUGCUGGUCUUUAUAUCAUCAGUCAGUUAUUUUCCAUGUACAGAACCUGUUUGUCUGCAGAUAAACCGACAGAAUAAAGUAAAGAUGUUUUCAUCACAGACCAA